AUGAGACUCGUGUGGAAGUCUCUGGACAAGAUGAGGUGUCUGAGGAAACGCUCUACCAUCCCACUCCUUGGCUUCCUCAUCACCUUUCUCCUCUUCCUCAAUCUCUACAUUGAGGAUGGCUAUGUGCUGGAGGGGGAUAAAAGGCAGCUAAGGGAAACAUCAGUGCAUCAUCCAAGCUCAGAGCGAUACGUCCACACCUUUCGAGAUCUCACUAAUUUCUCUGGAACCAUCAAUGUCACAUAUCGGUAUCUCGCCGGAACGCCCCUGAACCGCAAAAAGUAUCUCACCAUUGGCUUGUCAUCAGUCAAGAGAAAAAGAGGCAAUUACCUCCUGGAGACCAUCAAAUCCAUCUUUGAUCAGUCCAGUUAUGAGGAACUUAAAGAGAUUGUGGUUGUGGUCCAUCUGGCCGACUUUGACCUGGUCUGGUGUGAGAACCUGGUGCAGGAGAUCACCAGGAAAUUUGCCCACCACAUUAUAGCCGGACGCCUCCUGGUGAUCCAUGCUCCAGAAGAGUACUACCCAUCUCUGGAUGGGCUGAAAAGAAACUACAAUGACCCGGAGGACAGAGUCCGUUUCCGUUCGAAGCAGAACGUGGACUAUGCCUUCCUCCUCAACUUCUGUACAAACCUCUCUCACUUCUACAUGAUGUUAGAGGACGACGUGCACUGCUCCAGGAACUUCCUGACAGCCUUGAAGAAGGUGAUCACCUCUAGAGAAGGUUCCUACUGGGUGAUGCUGGAGUUCUCCAAGCUGGGUUAUAUUGGGAAGCUCUACCACUCCAGAGACCUGCCUCGACUGGCUCAUUUCCUUCUGAUGUUUUACCAGGAGAUGCCCUGUGACUGGCUCCUCAUUCACUUCAGAGGCCUUCUGGCCCAGAAGGAUGUGAUCCGCUUCAAGCCCUCGCUGUUCCAACAUAUGGGUUAUUACUCCUCUUACAGAGGAGCAGAGAAUAAAUUAAAGGAUGACGACUUUGAGGAAGACUCCAUAGACAUACCUGACAACCCUCCUGCCAGCCUUUACACAAACAUCAAUGUGUUUGAAAACUAUGAUGCCACUAAGGCUUACAGCAGUGGUGACGAGUACUUCUGGGGGAAGCCUCCCUCCACUGGGGACUUCUUUGUCAUUGUCUUCAACAAAUCAACUAAAAUUAGCAAAAUCAAGAUUGCUACUGGUUCUGAUGACCGUCAGAAUGACAUUCUUCACCACGGGGCCCUGGAAGUAGGAGAGAAAUUAGUUGGAACUAAGAAAGGGAAACAAUGUUCCUCUUACAUCACAUUAGGGGAAUUUAAAAAUGGCAAUAUUGAGGUUCAAGAUGUAGACCACAAAAUUGCAUUUGACAUUGAGUGUGUGCGCAUUGUGGUGACAGCCAGUCAGAAAGAAUGGCUCAUUAUUAGAGGAAUAAGUUUAUGGACUAUACAGCCCCCUAGCCAAUGA